AUGGCUGUCUUUCUCAGACCGCGCCUUCCUGAAAAGGUAAGGCAGGCCGCCUCUGGUACCAGAGACGUUUCCCGAGAUGGAUCUAUAUUCGAGUGGAGGGCGGCAGCUACCACUGACACGCGGAGCUCUCGAAAGCGGAAACACGACGACGACGACGACGACGACGACCUGGGACAGCCGCACGACACCCCUCCUAUCCCGGUCCACCUCGCGAAAGUCGUGAAGGCAGACUAUUGGGACGAGAUAGCUCAAACCCGCACAAUUGACCACGGAUACCUGGACCCUGAUUUCACCGACAAACGAUUGAUGGCCUACUACCGGAACUCAGCUGGCCCCAAUGCCAACCUGGAAGUCGUCAAGUAUUCAAGACUGGACCCGACAGAAAAUGGACAUGGUCAGGGCACGGGCAAGGCAGCACCCAGCUUCUUGGGAUCGAAAGAACAGGCGGUCGCGGCCGGCUAUAGAACCUCGAUCCUUUAUUCUCGGUGCGACGGGCGGAAACAAGUUGAACUCAGGCUCGACCGUACCGUGGCGUCAGGAACCAUCGAUCACGAGCGCGAGCGCAUGAAGAGAAGAAUUUCCGCCGCUUUACACCAACUAGAACAACUGAAACAAAAGGGCGGACUGAUGACCAUAAUCAGUCACAGGAUUGAACGAAUCUCGUCACAUCGCGAGAAGGUCUUGUUGGCUUUGUCUUUGUCCCCGCCUCUGUCGCUGCCCCUGCAUCGUCGAUUCGAUUGGCCCAGAGCACCGCCGCCCGAUGUGGUCGGUGACUACGAAAAGGCGUUUAGUUCUUGGGAUCAAGCCAUGGCGAAAUCUAUCCCGAGUUACGCUGCUAAUAUAACGAGUGCCAGUGCCAGUGCCAGUGCCAGUGCCAUUGCCAGUGCCAACGCCGGCGCCAGCGUCAGCGUCAGCGCCAACAUCGGAUUCGUCUAA